UUCUUCAUUAAGAAAUGUCAUCGAAAGAUGUUUUGGAGUUUUAAAGAAAAGAUUCCCAAUUAUAGCCGGUGACACAGAACCUUAUUAUUCAUUUGAAACUAUGCGAGACAUUUUUUUGGCAUGUUGCAUACUGCAUAACUUUUUAAUGGGUGUCGAUGUUGAUCAGUCUAUAAUUGAUGCGGUUGAUCGAGAAUUGCUACAAGAACAAAGCAUAGAUAGAUCACAAUCAAAUCAACCACGUGAUGAGGAAUAUAGGCAUGCAUCGUUGUUAAGAGAUAACAUUGCAUUCGAAAUGUGGAAUGUGUAUCAAUCAUUAUAGGUUACGUAAUGCCGAAUAAGGGAAAUAAAACAGCAGAAGCCAAUCAACCUUCGAAAGACAACUUAAGAUGGUUUGAUGAUAUGGAUGAAGUUUUGCUAAAUGCAUUAGCAGAGGAAGCAUCGAAAGGUAAUAGGCAUGAUGGCUCGUGGACAACUGAAGCAUAUGCCAAUGUUGUCAAGACUUUGAGCAUAGCAAUAGGCCCUCACAUAACAAAGAAUCACAUAAAGAAUAGAAUGAAGACAUUGAAAGAUCAUUUUGCUGAGGCAUAUGACUUAUUUCAUCACUUAAGUAGAUUUGCAUGGAAUCCUGUAACUAGAAAGUUUGAAGCUGAAGAGGAAGUGUGGCAAGACUUCAUUAAGGAGAAACCACAAGCAGAAAAAUAGAAAAAAAAUGCAAAUUAAGCAUUAUGAUACUUUGAAGGAGUUGUUCGGAGCUGAUAGAGCUACUGGUAAAGGGGCUGCUACGUCACGAGAAAGGAUUCAAGAAAUUGAUAGAGAUCACAUUGAUUUGAAUGACUCAUUUGAAAACAUUGGAUUUUCUGACAAAGAUGUUAGUAGGGGACAUGAUACUCCAACGUUUUCUGCUAAUUUAGAUUCACCAAGUGCUCCUCAUAGUCAACCAAAUCAAUUAGGUGGGACUUCGACGUCAAGAGGAACAAAGCGUAAGUCUCCUAUGAAUGAUUUUUUAGAGGCACAAUAUGAGAAAGUUGCUUUGGAAAUUACUACCAUGGCCGAUGCUGUCAAAGAGGGUACUUAUCUAUCUACUAAGCUACAUGACGUAGCUCAGAGGCAGGUUGAAUCAGCUGAGAGACAAGCUUCUGUGGCUGAAAGGCAAGUUUCGGUUGUCGAAAAGCAAGUCUCGUUAAUUGAAAGACAAGUUGCAAUUGCUGAAAAAGGGUUGGCUAUUAUGCAACAAAGUAGGCCUCGCCUUUAUAGCGAAUCAGAUGUAUGGGAUAUGUUGACUGACUUGGGUCUGAUAGGUUCAGCUUGGAUGCAGUGUUAUCAGUUUUUAUGUGAAAAUGAGCAGAAAAAGCGCCAAAUUUUUGGGAUCCCACCUGAAAUGCGAUUGGAUGCUCUUUUUCAUUUCAUGACAGCUGCAGGUGUUCGCUUGGGAGAUAUGGUACUUUCUUAAAACAUUAACCAU